GACAAGUGACAUGAAGCAGAAAUGUAAAAUAUAAUCAAUAUUCAAUUUAUAUCAUGAAUAAUAGUUAUGUAUUGAGACAAUACGAAGUUUCCGAAAUUUUAAACUUAUAGUGAAACAAUGGUUGCUUGUCGGGCAUGUCUUGAAACUAAUAAAGAAAUGAGAUCUUUGGAUGAACCAUUCGCUAUUCAGUAUAAUUUACUAACUGAACUUAAGAUAUCUGUAGGUGAUAAAAUGUCGCAGGAUAUCUGCUUUGAUUGUUGGAACACAGUGAAUUAUUUUAUGAACUUUAGAAAUAGAUGUAUUACAUCAGAAUCUGUUAUGAAAAAUGCAUUAUUAAAUAUUGUCAAAGAUGAUCCUGAUGAUACCAUAAACUCUAAAAUCUUUUUAAAUACUGAAGUUAAGGUUGAAGCAAUAGAUUCUGAAGUCUCCGACAAUAUUCAUGAUGAUGAUAAUGUUGAAACUAAAAUAACACUUGAUAUAGCUUCGUUAGCUACAACAAAUGUGUCCAAAGAUGUAGUAAAUGAAUCAAUGAGAAUCUUAAGGAAAAGAAAAAUGAAAGAACCAGUUGUAAUUGAAAAUGCGGUCAAACGGAAGAGGUAUAUUAAAAAGAAAAAUGUGAAAAUGAAGAGACCUCUUAGAAACAAAGUUAUGAAAAGAACUAAAAACGUUAAUCCAAAGAUACAACAAAAAUUAAAAAUUAAAGAAACUGCAGCAGUAAAAUUAAAACAACAAUUAAAAAUUAAAGGGACUGCAGUGAAGUUAAAACAAAAUUUAAAAAUCGAAGAAGCUGCAGUAAUGAAGACAAAACAACAUUGUGGUAUUUGUAUAGAAUCAUUUGAUGAUAAAAAGGAAUUAUUUUUUCACUUAGAAGGCCAUAAAAACGAUACAAUGUGUAAAUUAUGUGACGAACAAUUUGAGGAAUGGCCGGAAAUGCUAGGUCAUAGACUAAAACACACACCAGAAAAAAAAACAAGUUGCCAUUUGUGUGAUAAAUAUUGUAUGAGACCCACUUAUAUGGAACAUCAUUAUAGGAACACACAUUACGAUGGAAGUGUACAUUUAAAAUGUAACCAGUGCGAGCGGAGUUUUGGGACACCGCAAAAUUUACGUAAACAUAAAUGGAGUGUACAUUCUAAAAAACAAUUCACCUGUGACAAUUGUGGGGAAUCAUUCAACACAAAAUCGAAAAUUAGAAUACACGUGUUAAAACAUAGUAAUCACAAAUCGCUUGUUUGUAAAUUAUGUGAUUAUUCAACCAAAUAUAUUAGCUGUCUAAGGAGUCAUAUUAUAGGCAAACAUACAGAAUCAAAGGUGUAUUGCAACGACUGCGGCGUUCUGUUUCCAUGUCAAGAAAAACUCGACCAACAUCAUUGUAAACAAAAUUCCAAAGUGUGUCCGAUAUGCGGGAUGAAAAUGCUUAAAUCAAUAAGGUUGUCUCGUCAUUUGAAAACACAUCGCGACGAGAAGCCGUUCAAAUGCGAUAGUUGUGACGCCUCGUACAAGAGUAAGGUGGCGCUGCAAAUCCACCGCGACAAGCACGCGGGCAACCGCACCAAGCACUGCGAGUACUGCCCCGCCAAGUUCUACAACGGCUCCUCCUUGAUCCGGCAUCGCCGUUUGCACACAGGUGAACGACCACACGUUUGUAAAAAUUGCGGUAAAGGUUUUACAACAUUAUUUAACCUCAAAUUACACAUGCAGAUACACGGCGAAUUCUUGAUAAACAAAAAGGUCAAGCCCGAAGAUUAACAACUAUUUUAAUUUAAAUAAAUGAAACAAUAAAAUAUUUCGAAACAUUUCAUUAUAAAUAAAUUACCAUAGAAAUACAGAUUAUACCUAAGUAAAAAAAAAGUAAAUGUAUCACAUACAAAAGAGUCUUUGGCAAGUACAAAAUGUACUAUAAUUUUUUUUUAAUUUACAAAAGUAUAUAAAGUCGAGGGUAGAAACAUUAACGAAACAAUUUCAUCAAAAUAUUUAAAAAAAUUGUACACUAAGAAAUGUCCCCAAUACUGGCAAGAUAAGAUGUAGACAAAAAGGUUACAAUUAUUUCUAAAUAACAUCAAAUUACAUUUCUUAUAUCAAAUUAUUUUAAUAGCACGACUAUUACUUUCAAAUAGUUUAAGCAUUUUUUCACAAUAGAAAAAUAUGCUUUUAGUAAUGUCAUGACAAUAUUAUAUCUGUUUUUUUUUUAUUUUCACUUAGACGAAUUGCAAUUUGAUUAUUGGCAGUGUUUUGUUGUUUGUGCUGUUUUUUUUUUUUCAAAUUUUGUGAAAAAAAAACAUUGGAUCACCCUUUGAAAGGAUAAUAAUGACAAUAUGAGAACAUUAACAAUGGUUAUUACUUUAAAAAAGAGACAGACGUAUUACGAGAACCCAGCGAAGACUCUAAAUACACCAUUUAGUGUUCCAUUUCGCAAGUGACAAACACUAGCUAUCUCUUUCUUUAAGUAUUAAUUAUGCUUUAAAUUGCUUUAUGUGUAUAAGAUAAAUAAAAAAAGUGCGUAUUUUGCUCUUAUGUACUGAAAACUUUGUCGUGUGAAGCUGUAUCAAAUCGUUGUCUAUGGAUGACAUUUGUUUUUUAAUUUCCUCAUUAUAUAGCAAUUGUAAUAACAUCUUAUAUUACUUAAAAUUAACGUCGGUUUCCACUACUAAAUCAUGUAAAAAACAAAUUGUAUAAAAAAUGUUUUAACAUUCCGCAGUGGAAGCCAACUGUAAUGUACUUAUACAAAGUUUUAUAAAAACUAAUUGUAGCUAAUAAUAUAAAACUUGCCGAACUACAUUAUAUAAUCUACAUUUUUUAAUUAAUCUAAGGGCAAAUUUAGGUACUUUUAAAGGCAGAUUUGUAUUGGCAAAUAUUUUUAAAGGUAUUUUUAGAAGAUAAAUCUUACAAAGACAAAUUUAAUACUCUAGGUCUUAACAUUUUACGGAUUUUCUAUUUAACUGUGGUCUUAACAUUUGGUACAAAAAUUA